AUGCCCCCUUGCGGCGGCCUCGCGACCCCCGCGCCGCCCACCACCUCCACGAGCCUCGUCGGCGCCGGCGGCAACGGCGGCGCUGGCGUCUUUGCGGGUGUCUUUCGCGCCCGCCGGCCCAUCCUCUGCAAGCCGGCCAAUCUGCAACCGCUUCCACAACCGCCGCCGCCACCAACUCCACCACCUCCGCCACCUCCACUACUACCACCACCACCACCAGCUUUAUCCGCGUCCGGAUACGUUCGACCCGUCACCCGAAAGUUGAUGAUCAGCCCGUUGCCCUCUUGUCCGUCGACCAAUCUGACUCCGGCCCUCGCCACCGCCACCGCAACCGCAACCGCAGAAGCCGCGGCGGCGACGGCGGUCGUCUCGACCUCCGCCCCACCCUCGAUCGCCAACUCGCUACCCGCCCGAUUUCCCGCAAUCUUUCCCAAAUUCUCACAGACGCUCAGCCCGGUCGUCUCCUCCCUCCUCCUCCAGCAACAACAACAACAACAACAACAACAACAACAACAACGACAUUUGCAAUUGUCCUCCACCCUGGCGAGCUCUGUCCCCCAGUCCUCGUGGCUCGCGGCUCAGGCAAUCAUGCUUCUGCCCGCGACCGCGACUCUUCUGCCCGCCCCUGACGACAGCAACCUCGCCAAAUCCUCCUCCUCCCCUUCACCCCCACCGCCGCCUCCUCCGCCUCCACCUCCUCCACCACCUCCUCCUCCUACUCGCCCUCUCCCUCCUUGUUCUCCGUGCGCACUCGCCCUGCCUUCGCUCGUCAUCAGCUCCACCAGCGCCGGCGUCAGCGCCCUCGGCCCCUCGACUCCGCCGUCGCCGUUGCCGUCGCCGUUGCCGUCGGCGUCGGCGUCGCCUGCGCUGCGCCAGCCGGCCGGCGGACAACCGCGCUCCGCCUUCAUCAGGUCCCGGUCGAACGGCGACGCAGAGACGUCGUUGCCGCGUUUGUGCGACGUCGACUCGGCCGAAGGGAACCGGGCACACCGACAGCACUCGCCGCCAAGGCUCAUCAAAGUGGGCUCUCGCUUCCUGUCCAACGAGGUGCACAUCACCAUCGGUCGUCGGGGCGGCCAGAAGCUGCACUAUCGCGGCUACGUGUACACGAAGAAGGAGUUCCGCAAGGGCGUCAUGAUUUGGCGCUGCGUGCGCCGCAAGUGGGACAUCAACUGCUACGGAACCCUGUCCACCACCAAUCAGAUGAAGGAGCCCAAAUUGAUGCACCCCCACAAGCACCCGCCGGACCCGAGAAGUCUGGAGUUCGAGUUGAACAACUCGCCAGCAGGUGCGUCUGUCUGGCCUGUCCCACUCGCGCCGGGUUACCGCGCCGAAUGCCAAAUCGGCCAAAUCGGCCGACACGAGGACGAAUGA